AUGUGCUACGAUUCGACGUCAAUUUUAAAUUCUCCAAAACCAGUUAAAAUCAUUUUCUGGAUAAUCACAAUUCUCUCAAUUUUAAUCCAUAUUUUUGGCGCAUUUUGUAUUCUUCGAAAAACUCCAAAAUCAGUCAAAUCUGUUCGUUAUUGGCUUUUCAAUUUUCAUUUAUGGAGCUUAUUUCUAGACGUUACUCUCGGAUUUGUAAUAACUCCAUUUUUAUUUCUACCAACUUUGACUUUUCGAGCUUAUGGAUUUCUGGAAGGAUAUGAACAAUUUGUACCAUAUUUUGCAGUUUUGACAUUUGCAGGUAAAAUGAAUCAGGGUUAAAAAAUUUAAAAUUGUGUUACAGGAACAGGCUUCAGUCUUGUCCUACUUCUUGAAAAUCGCCACCAUUCUUUAACAAUGUGGGAAGUUACAACAACUCGGAAAAUUUGUCGCGCAAUUUUUUAUACUUUCAAUAUUGUGUUUCUUUUCCUAUUUCCUCUGAUAACUACGUUGUAUGUUCCAAAUCAAAAAAUUGGAAGAGAAGAGGCGAUUAAAGUAGGUUAUUCAGAAAAAAACUCAGAAUUCAAGGUGUAAUCCUAAUUCUAAAAUUUUUUAAAUUUCCUACUUCUAGGUUCUUCCAUGUUUGUCUGAAGUUCCAGACAUUUUUAUAAUUGUCACUGAUUUGAAUGCAAUUUUUAUAAUUCUCACCGUUCUAAUGAUCGGUCUAUUUCUAGUUAUAUUUCAAUGCAUAUUUUUCGCCUGGUCAAUUUUCAAAGCCUCUGAUUUCUCCGAAAACAUUUCCAAAUUAACAAUCGCGCUUCAACGCAAAUUCCUAAUCUCAAUUCUAAUUCAAAAAUCAAUUCCAUCAAGCUCUCUAGUUCCCCCAGUUUUCUAUGCAGUCUUCUGCGUUUACAACAAUAUUCAUUGGCAAAAACUCACAAAUAUUUUGAUUUUUGUGGUAACUUCACAUGGAAUUAUUGGAAGUGUAGCAAUGUUAUGUAUUCAUAAAAGCUACACGAAUACAGUUAUCGAUUUGAUAUUAUGUAGGCGGAUUAAACAAACAUUAUUGGAGUCGGAGCAAUCAAAAAUUACACGAGUUCUAAAUAAUAACAAUAAUAAUAUAAUUGCGAGAAGAAGUAUGCCAAGUAUUAGAUCAUAAACCCAAAAUAAUACUUUUUCUAAAAAUUCAUUUUUUUUUAAAUGAAAUUCUUCCCAAAUUAAAAAUUAUAUCAACGUGACACAAAUACGUCAUAAAUUCCACGUAUUUUUGAUCUUGAUAAGAGUAGUAUAAAAGGAAUCCCUCAGCUCAUUCAAAUCCAACCCAUAGUUCAACAAUGGCUCAAUCCGUUCCACCAGGAGAUAUCCAAACUCAACCAAACGCCAAGAUCGUCUUCAAUGCUCCAUACGACGACAAACACACCUAUCACAUCAAGGUUAUCAACUCUUCUGCUCGUCGUAUUGGAUACGGUAUCAAGACAACCAACAUGAAGAGACUUGGAGUCGAUCCACCAUGUGGAGUUUUGGAUCCAAAGGAGGCUGUCCUUUUGGCUGUUUCAUGUGACGCUUUUGCUUAUGGACAAGAAGACACCAACAAUGAUCGUAUCACUGUUGAAUGGACCAACACUCCAGAUGGUGCUGCCAAACAAUUCCGUCGUGAAUGGUUCCAAGGAGAUGGUAUGGUUCGUAGAAAGAACUUGCCAAUUGAGUACAAUCCAUAA